CGCUAGGGGCGACCCAGGCUGCGGCCCUGAAUUGCACAACACGGCGUGCGCGCAUCGUCGUCCAUGUCGCGUCUCGAGUCCGUCGACGGCGUCCGUCCAGUCGAGUUUACGUGGCUGCAGGAGCCGGAGGCGUGGAUGCCCGACGCGUACGACGAGGGCACGAGAGGUCAAACCGCGCUGAAGAGCCUGCGCCGCAUCGUCUACAAGAGGGAGUCGCCGGCGCCACUGCCGAGCGACGAGACGACCAGCGGGCCGGCUGCGCUGUACCUGCAGCACGCGCUCUGCCCCGCCCGGGUGAGCCCAGCCACCAUUCGCACGAUCGCGCUCACGUGCAAGUCGUGGAACCGUUUCGCCAAGUUCACUCUCCAGUCCGCCGACUUCGACGCGUAUUGGAAGCGCGUGCUGUGGGGCAUGGCGCCCCGCAGCAUGCUUCACCCGGAGUGUGCGAGCAAGGAGAGGCUGCGCGGGUGGCUGCGCGGCGUCGACGAGCGCGAGUGGCUCCACGUCGAACGCCUCGCCGCUCUUCUGUGCCAUUUCUGCAACAUCCAUCCGCCCAAGCGUCUCGCAACCGACGGACAGGCGGCGGCCGCUGUCGACUUCGAAGGCUGGAUGCGCCUGCACUUCGACCCGUUCGUGGCCGACGGUGGCGAGAACAUCUCCGAGGUGGAGCAGGAGAGAGAGGCGCGGCGUCGGCGCGGCGAGGUGGACUGGGACGGAGAGCACAUCAUGACGACCCUGGCGAGCCGUGUUUGCUACAGUAUUCAGGACUUCGUCGAGUGGUCCUUCAUGCUGAGCGGAUCUGCCUGCGGCUCCUCCACCCCUCGGACACUGCGCUGGCUCCUCGGCCGCCUAAACAUGCGCUUCCCCACAUCGGGUGGCACCGGCCGGAACCAGUGGCCAUGCAGCGAGGCGGACAACACGGCGCUCGUGCGUCUGCUCAAGCUCUACGCCCCGAUGCUGCCUCAGCGCGCGGACAGCGAAGCCGCGCUUGACUUCCGUGAGGAAGGCGACGACGGCGAGGAGGCGGGCGGCGGCGGCGGCGACGACGACGCGCCCGAGCCCGUGCGCGUGCUCUGCCGCCUGAUGGAUGCUGAGGACCCGUGGAAUCAGCGAGGAGGAUCGUACUCGUUCUAUGAGGAGUCGCCCUACUAUGAGCGCCCGUACGACGACGACGACGACGACGACGACGACGACGACGACGACGACGACGACGACGAGGAGGACGACGACGAGGAGGAGGACGAGGAGGAGGAUGAGGAUGGCGUGGGGUACUACGACUGACGUGCUGUAGCGAUUGAGCCGAGCAGGGUUCGAGUACGCCGUCG